ACACCGCGUUUCAUGUGACGGGACGUCGUCAAAGUUUACAAAAAGAAACCAGCUCGCGCUUUUCAAAUACAUAUCGUCACAGCUCGGGAGCCGCAGUCUACGAUGCUUAUCCUGCGAACAUUAGCAACGUCAGCCCGGUAAAAACGUUAGCACGGUAACAUUAAAAGCGUUAGCCCGGUAACGUUAACUGUUGGUAGCCUGGCGUCCGGUAACGUCAGUGUGAUACCUCUCCUCCGGUUCGGUACCAUGGAGCAGGCGGCCAGCGUUAACGCAGACCCGGCGCAGCGCUCUGACAGUAACGGCAGCUGCUCAAAAUGGCGGGACUGGACUGGAUUCUGGCUCCUCGGGUUGUGCAACAACUUUGCCUAUGUGGUAAUGCUGAGCGCCGCACACGACAUCCUCAAAAAGCAAGAGUCAGCGAACGCCACCUCACCUACUCCAGCCCCGCUGACUGUGGAUGUCCAGGCUGGGAACAGCAGCAGCCCCUACGACUGUAACCCUGUUUCUACUGCGGCUGUGCUGUUAGCGGACAUCCUCCCAACGCUCAUCAUCAAGCUGGCGGCUCCCUGUGUCCUCCACAAACUGCCUUAUGGUUUCCGGGUGUUGUUCUGCGCCCUGAUGGCAGCCACAAGUUUCCUCCUGGUGUCCUUCUCCUCAGCGAUGUGGAUGAGCAUUCUGGGAGUGAUCUUUGCCAGUAUCAGCGCCGGACUGGGAGAACUGUCCUUCCUCUCCCUCACUGUGUACUUCAGCAGGGAUGUGCUGGGCGCCUGGGGCUCAGGCACCGGGGGAGCUGGUGUCGCUGGAGCCUUCCUGUACUCAGGACUCACCCAGGUGGGCCUGUCUCCCCAGGUCACGCUCCAAAUCAUGCUGGUGGUCCCGUUCGCUAUGUUGAUCAGCUACUUCUUCCUGCUGGCUCCUCCACCUACUCUCCCUCAGUGGAGAGAGAAGCAGUAUGCUGCGGUGGUGUCAGAGGAGAGGCAGCAGCUGAUGGAUGACUCAGAGGAAGAGGAGCAGGGAGAGUCAACCCCAGGGAACAGGAGCAGCGGACCGCUCACCCCUAAAGAAAAACUUCAUGUCAUCAGAGGCCUGAUGAGGUUUGUGUUCCCGCUGGGACUGGUCUACUUCGCUGAGUAUUUCAUAAACCAGGGCUUGAUGGAGCUCCUGUAUUUCCCCAAUGUGUUUCUGUCUCAUGCAGAGCAGUACCGCUGGUACCAGACGUUGUACCAGGUUGGUGUGUUGGUGUCUCGAUCAUCCCUGUGCUGCAUAAAGAUCAGGAAACUGUGGGCUCUCUCUUUGCUCCAGGUGGUGAACGCGCUGCUGCUCCUGCUGGCGGUGCGUUUUCACCUCCUGCCCAAUCCCUGGACCGUGUUCGCCAUCAUCCUCUACGAGGGUCUGCUGGGCGGAGCGGCCUACGUCAACACCUUCUACUUCAUCAGCAAGGAGUCUGAAGACAGACACAGGGAGUUUGCCAUGGCUGCUGCCAGUGUAGGAGACAGUCUGGGCAUCGCUCUGGCUGGACUCGCUGCUUUCCCCGUGCACAGAUACUUCUGUUCCCUAUGACGCAGCCCACACACACCUCCACCAUGAAUCAGCAGGAAGUGGGUGGGUGCCUGCUAUUUCAGGGAUUGAAAACAGGAGACUACGUUUCUACAUAAAAGUGGUGGUGGUGGAAACACUUUUGACCUACUUCUACUACUGAUCAACUACUGCUGCUUUUUGGGAAGCACACCUCUGAUUUGGAGCCUGCUUCCAGUAUUUCUUUACAGAAGGCAUGGUAAAAGCUAACUGAAAUGAAUAAUGCAAAAACGGUAUUAGAAGUCUGUUGCCGGCAGAAAAUGAUUGCAGACUUGUAGUGCACUUUUUCUUUAGCUGCUUUGCAAGUUAAAGAGGCCCUUUAUGCUUUUGGGGUUAUCUUUCCUUGGGUUCAAUCGUGAAAAACAUUUAAUAUGAAGAAGCAAAUGCAUGUCAGGAAAUAUCCAGUUGAUGUCUACAGCAGUCGUAGUUAGGCUGAAUGAAGAAAUGGACAUAGUAUAUCAUCUUAUUUUCAAACAUACAACUUAUCUUACUAAGGUUAACAUUAUACAACCAUGUUAAGCUUUUAAUCCAAAAAAAGUAGUACAACACAAUUCUGUACUGAAGGCUAAAAUGUAAUUAGACAUUUUCAAUAUUGUAAUUGAUAUGAUGUUGUGGGAUCUUUAAUCUGUUUUUACGUUAUUGCAUUUUGCUGAAGUGUCCUUGAUACUGACACAGUUGACACUUGACACAGCUAUUGAGUACUGACUGUUUGUGGUUUAACACGUCAAAGUGAUGUUAACAAAGGAAGUUAAAAGGUUUUUUUUUUGUGUGCUUUAAUAUUGAAUAUACUGUAACAAUAUGAAAAACUGGACUAUGCCCAGAGCUUUCAAAUACUAAUAUUAUUAAAUGUACAUACAUCUUUAUUUAAUUGUAUUGCUUACUUUAACAUCUUAUGUUUAUAUUAAUAUUUUCAUUAUUUGUAUUUCUUUCUCUUUUGUGUGUAUGUAUAUAUAUAUAUAUAUAUAGAUAUAUAUAUAUAUAUAU